AAGGUAUUAAAAAGGACCUUUACCAGGGAGGCAAAAAAGAGCAAGCCCCAGCAGACAAGCUUUGCUGCACAGGUCAUGGGCUGCUGGAAGCAAGAGAAGAGCAGCAAUUGGGUUUUUCCCACGCUAGUCCUCUGCAUCUAUGGAUUCUUCUAUACGAUGAAGCCUUCGGAACCUUUUCUAACCCCUUACCUAACAGCAGACAAAAACCUGACCAUAGAUGAGGUGACAAACCAGAUUUUCCCAGUCUGGACAUACUCUUACCUUGCACUUCUUGUCCCAGUCUUCCUCAUUACAGACUACGCGCGCUACAAGCCCAUCAUCAUCCUGCAGGGCCUCAGCUUCAUCGUCACGUGGCUCUUGCUCCUCUUUGCACGCGGCGUGCUGGCCAUGCAGCUCAUGGAGUUCUUCUACGGCAUGGUGACGGCCACCGAGGUCGCCUAUUACGCCUACAUCUACAGCGUCGUCAGCACCGAGCACUACCAGAGGGUGACCGGCUACUGCCGCAGCAUCACCCUCGUGGCAGCCCCCGUCGCUGCAGUGCUGGGGCAGCUUCUCGUUUCCUUGGGCCCCAUCUCCUACUUCUACCUCAGGAUGGAGAUGUUCAGCCCCAAGGAGCCUGGAGGCCACCAGGAGGACACGGACCCUCCCUCCGCAGGGACGGGGCCAAGGCCCGAGCAGCCGGCUGGCCAGCCCCAGCCCCGGCCCCAGCCCCAGGCCCUGCGGGUGCUGGUGCAGCUGAGCAAGGACCUAAGGGAGUGCUACAGCUCUAGGAAACUCCUGUACUGGUCGCUGUGGUGGGCUCUGGCCACUGCCGGCUUUAACCAGGUUAUCAAUUACAUCCAGGUGCUGUGGGACUUCAGAGCCCCCUCGCACAGCGCUGCAGUCUACAACGGAGCAGUCGAAGCCACUGCUACUUUUUUAAGUGCAAUAACAUCUUUAGCAGUUGGAUAUAUGAAAAUGAACUGGGAUCUUUUUGGAGAACUGGCUUUGGGGAUCUUCUCCACAAUGGAUGCUGGUUGUCUAUUCCUGAUGCACUUUACUGCCAACAUCUGGGCUAGCUAUGCUGGCUACCUCAUUUUCAAGGCAUGCUAUAUGCUCCUUAUAACAAUAGCAACGUUCCAGAUCGCUGUCAAUCUGAGCAUGGAGCGCUACGCACUGAUGUUCGGCUUCAACAACUUCCUCGCGCUGGCGGUUCAGACCAUUAUUACUGUUGUUGUAGUGGAUUCAAAAGGCCUGGGCCUGGACAUAGUGACUCAGUUUUUAAUUUAUGGCAGCUACUUUGCAGUCAUCGCUGGGAUUUUCUUGCUCAGAAGUAUUUGCGUGCUUGUCUCAGUCGGAUGCAAAAGGAAAACAGUGAGAUUUUGCAAGGAGCCUCCGAGCCUUGCAGAGCAGGGACCAGCCCAGCAGGCUGCAGCCACCUGCACCACGCGGCUGUGA